AUGCCAGCUGUCAGUGCUCAUCAAUGCCACCUGCCAGUGCCCAUCAGUGCCUCAUCAAUGCCACAUAUCAAUGCCUUUCAGUGUCACCUAUCAGUGCCAGUCAGUGCCACCUAUCAAUGCCAGUCAGUGCCACCUAUCAGUGCCACCUAUCAGUGCAAAUCAGUGCCGCCUAUCAGUGCCAAUCAGUGCCACCUAUCAGUGCCCAUCAGUGCCGCCUAACAGUGCCAGUCAGUGCCACCUAUCAGUGCCGCCUAUCAGUGCCAUAUAUGAGUGCUGCCUUUCAGUUCCCAUCAGUGAUGCCU